CCUUAGUUCAUGUGACAGUCAGCUGACUCUACCCGGAAACGUUGAGGUAGCAGACAACAACAAAAAUACAGCUUCAUUGAGCAAACUUCGAUUUAAGUUAUUCCCGAUUGAUAACAAUGGAGUCGACCCUCGAACAGCAUCUCGAUGAUACCAUGAAGAAUCCAGCAGUGGUUGGUGUGCUCUGCACGGAUCAACAAGGACACAACCUGGGCUGCCGCGGGUCCCUGUCUGAUGAACAUGGCGGUGUUGUGUCCGUUUUGGCCAAACAAGCUGCAGCUCUCACAAAAGACCCAACAGACACUCCAACCGUAUGCCUGGAGUCCGAGUCGGGGAACAUUCUGGUGAGGAGUCACGGGACCAUCACAGUAGCAGUUCAUAAGAUUGCAUCUUGAAGACAACCGACUCACUGAGGAUUUUUUUCUCUCUUUUUGUAAAGAAGUGUAUGCACAUUAAGUUUAUUCACGCAAUCCAAAAACUGAUUUGCUGUUUCUGUAUAUUCAGACUCCAUAUUUCAAUAAGAAGAUGCUUGUUCUUUAAAUUGAAUGGUAAACACUGAUCUGAAAGUAAUACUGUUACUUUGAUAUCGUUUCCAAAACCAGCUCCGUGCUUUGUUAUAUCAACGCUCUCUGUUCCUGUGUCUUUUUGAUUUCAAGGCUGUCGUACACAGAGUAACAACCCCUAAUAAACUUUAACUUGACUUUGA